CUCGCCCAUAAUGCUGUGCGCACCGCAGAGGUCGUCCUAUCACACAGAAAGCGGGACGAUUGUUUCUAUAAAGGGAAUGUCAGGUUUACUGAGGAAGAUUCAUGAAUCCCUUCUAAAGAUCCUCCUUUUCCGGCCCAGAACAGGAGCAGGGAAUCAAAAACCAAAAGCUUCUGAGGUGCUCACACAACAUUUACUACAACGGCAGCUUCCCUAUUGGACUUCUUUUUCAGUUAAGUACAGCUCAGUGGAAAACGACCAGUUUGGUUUAUCUCAUUUCAACUGGCAGGUUGAGGGUUUUAAUUACCACAUCUUAAGGACUGGCUGCUUUCCUUUUGUGAAAUACCAUUGUUCCAGAGCGCCCUGGCAAGACCUCAGGCUUGAGAAUUCUUUCUUCACGGCUCUCAAAGUCAUCAAUUUAGGUUUACCAUGUUUAGCCUAUGGGAUUGGCUCUUGGCUCUUUGUCUCUGUCACAGAAACAGUUUGCACCAGUUUGGGGCCUGUGACCAUCUACUUCUUGUACAAGGAAGAAGACGGUGCCAGGUUCUAGGAGUGUCUGGUCAAGCUGUGCUAAAGGAAGGUGUUCUUUCAUCUUACACAUUGGCACACUAUCUUAGACAAAAAGUAAUGUUCAAAACUCUGGAAAUAAAGUUUUGUGUUCAGAGAGAGACUGCUGCUGUCAGCCAGUCCUAUAUCACUAUGGGAUUCAGGGCUGUGGGUCUUUAGGAGCAUCUGUAGUCAUCUACUCCAGGCUUCUGAUAAAGGACUCUGCUGACUCAGCCACUCAAUACAAGGUGACGAAUUGGGCCUCCUGGCUGCAGCAGAAUGCACAGCCCCCUUCAAGGUUCAUCUGUGACAAACGAUGCUAUUGAUCUGGCUGCUCUGAGCCGCUAAUCUGCCUCUCGAUUUCUCGUCGUACUCUCUGUGUAACAAUUAAACAAAAUAAUCAUUUCUUGUAUUACAUGGAAAUCAAUGGACCUCUUGGCUCCCACUGAGCUGACCCUGCUGAGGUAUGGCCAGGAUAUCUUGACAGGUUAGUGUGUGAAAAUUAUCCCUAUUCUAGUCCAGAAAAAGUAAUCCAUGUGGUAGCUUAAAGCAGGGUGCAACAUUUGCAUAAAUAAAAAGAGCAGGGAACAGGGAGCUACUAGCAGCAGCUUGCCAAGUACAAAGGCACUACCAGGAUGGCAUUGUGCUAGUUGAAGUUUCUCAUGAAACCACCUGAGAGGAGAGAGACAGAGAGUAACAGUAAGAGAAUAACUGGGACAGCAGCUUGCAAUAUCCCCUGACCAAGAAUGGUGCCAAAGGAAGAACAGCAGUGACAGGGUGACAUAAUGGAUGAAAGUAUGACCUGAUUCCCUCAAUACUAAAGAACAGGUGACCUGUCAUCUGCUAGAGACAGACAGAGAGUAACCACACUAGACUGACAAGUUGGUCAAAACAACUCCUGAUCUAAAGGUCGCAGCGCACAGACCUUAACCUGGAGGCUGUUACCGUGGUAUCAAGUUUUAAACUGAAGCCAGAAUGGACUGAAAAGAAGCUUAGUAAUCUCUUAUUCAACUGCUUGUCAAGCAGCACACAGCCACUGGCUCAGAUGUUUGGAACCAUGUAGCCUAUUUAAGAUACAGUAUAUAGCUAGUUUUAAUGACUAAUCCCUUCAAGAGUUACUACAGCAAACUUUUUGCUCCAUUAUCUAAUAAAUUGACCCUGAAAGUCAUUUUGAGACUUGGUUGGAACUGUCUAUAGUUUGAGUUUUAACCUUGUUUCAGUUGGGAGAGCUAAAUAACUAAAAUCAAGAGAGUUGGAGCAAAGGCUCUUUGGAGAGAAAAAGAAGCCAUGGUCUCUCAUGGUCAUGAGAGAUAAAACGGAUAUCACUGUAUGCUACUUGAAAGGUGAGUAAUUGGGUCAGGUGCCCCACCUGGGAUCCAGGGCAAGUACUUCUGGAGAAAGUCACAAAAGAGUAGCAGAGUUUUUGUUUACAGUCAGCUUUCAUUUGUACUCUAUGUUCUCCUGAUAUAUCCCUUGUGUCUUUUAUUAUUUACUAGCUGUUCUUCUUGGCUUCACCCUUGAGGGAGAUAAAAUGUACAUUACAUGCAUCAAAUAAAUAAACAGCAGAUCUGACA